GGGCGCGCGCCUGCGCCGAGGGAGGCGUUCGGCGGCCGGAGGCGGCGGCUCCAGGAACUGCUACGGCUGCGCCGGGGAGGGGACGAGGAAACGCCCGGCGGAGCGCGGCGGCCCCAUGGGGCCUUGAGGUCGCGGCCCCGGCCACGGAGGGGUGGUUGCGCGGAGUCGGCGGGAGGAUGGAGGGCCAAGGGGCCCCGGGCGCUGGCGGCGGCGAGGAGCCCCUGGGCUCCGGCAGGAUGAACCCGAAGCGGGGCGGGCGCGCCGCGGAGGAGGAGAGCCGGAACAAGCCCAAGCUGAAUAUCCAAAUAAAAACUUUGGCAGAUGAUGUGCAGGAUUUUUUUUAUAAGCCUGAUGAACUUGAGUGGCUCCUUCCCAACGCUGGCUUUUUCAGUUGUCCUCCAAAGGCUUAUAGCUCUUCAGGUGAAGGAACGUUGGACAUGACCUUUGUGCGUGACAGAAUAACAAGCUUCAGAAAAUCAGCAGUGAAAAAAGAGAAACCUCUUAUUCAGCAUCCUAUCGAUGCUCAACCAACUAUAAGUGAAAUCCCACUUUCCCAGGCACUUGUUGAUGAACGUUGCAUGAACUUAUCAGAAAAAGAAGUUAUGGAUCUCUUUGAAAAAAUGAUGGAAGACAUGAAUUUAAAUGAAGACCGUAAAGCUCCUUUAAGAGAUAAAGACUUGACCACAAAACGUGAGAUGGUUGUCCAGUACAUUUCUGCAACUGCCAAAUCUAUAGUCGGAAGUAAAGUUCCGGGUGGACUGAAAAACAGCAAGCAUGAAUGCACACUGUCCUCACAAGAAUAUAUUCAUGAAUUGCGAUCUGGAAUUGCAGAAGAAAAGCUUCUUAAUUGUCUAGAGUCUUUGAGAGUGUCUCUAACCAGCAAUCCAGUUAGCUGGGUUAACAAUUUUGGGCACGAAGGUCUUGGACUUAUGUUGGAUGCGUUGGAAAGGCUUCUGGACAAGAAACAGCAAGAAAAUAUUGAUAAGAAGAAUCAACAUAAACUUAUCCAGUGCCUCAAAGCAUUUAUGAACAAUAAAUACGGAUUGCAAAGGAUUCUAGGAGAUGAAAGAAGUCUCUUACUGUUAUCAAGAGCAAUUGAUCCAAGGCAACCACACAUGAUGACAGAAACAGUGAAAAUACUUUCUGCUCUUUGCAUCGUUGGAGAGGAGAAUAUGCUGGAUAAGCUUUUAGGAGCUAUAACAACUGCUGCUGAGAGGAACAACAGGGAACGCUUUUCUCAGAUUGUUGAAGGACUGGAGAAUCAUGAAUUCUUACAACUGCAGGUAGCCUGCAUGCAGCUCAUCAAUGCCCUUGUUACAUCUCCAGAAGAACUUGAUUUCAGGAUACACUUGAGAAAUGAGUUUUUACGCUGUGGCCUGAAGAAAAUAUUGCCUGCCUUGAAAGAUAAGGAGAAUGAAGAGCUUGAUAUUCAGUUGAAAGUGUUUGAUGAGAACAAAGAAGAAGACUUGCUUGAACUGUCACAUCGUCUCAAUGAUAUCAGAGUGGAAAUGGAUGAUAUGAAUGAAGUAUAUCACCUGUUGUAUAAUAUGUUGAAAGAUACUUCUUCUGAAAACUACUUGUUGUCAAUUCUCCAACACUUCCUUCUCAUCAGGAAUGAUUACUAUGUCAGACCUCAGUAUUACAAGAUAAUUGAAGAAUGCGUAUCACAGAUAGUAUUGCACUCUAGUGGCAUGGACCCAGAUUUUAAAUGCAGAGGAAGAAUGGAUGUGGAUUUUACUCACCUUGUUGAUGCAUGUGUGGACAAAGCUAAAGUAGAAGAGAGUGAAAAAAAGGCAGCAGAAUUUUCCAGAAAAUUUGAUGAAGAGUUCACAGCUCGACAGGAGGCACAAGCGGAACUGCAGAAACGAGAGGAGAAAAUCAAAGAACUUGAAACAGAAAUCAAACAGCUACGAACACAGGGUCCAGUCCUGAGAAGUCAACAGACGGAAGUAGCACCACUUCCUCCAAUAUCAGCUGAGAAUGUGACACCUCCUCCUCCAGCACCACCUCCUCCUCCACCGCUGCCUGGUGUAGCAGUGCCACCUCCUCCACCACCACCGCCGCCGCUGCCUGGUAUAGCAGUGCCACCUCCUCCGCCGCCGCCACCGCCGUUGCCUGGUACAGAAGUGCCACCUCCUCCGCCACUGCCUGGUGGAACAGUGCCACCUCCGCCACCACCACCACCACUGCCUGGUGCAGCAUUGCCGCCUCCGCCACCACCACUGCCUGGUGGAGCAGUGCCACCACCACCGCCACCGCUACCUGGUGGAGCAGUGCCACCUCCACCGCCACCACUACCUGGUGGAGCAGUGCCGCCUCCACCACCGCUUUUUGGUGGGCCUCCUGUGCCACCACCUCUUGGAGGUGUUCCUUUUGCUCCCUUUCCAGUGAUACCAGCAUUACCACAUGGAAUGAAGGAGAAGAAAAAAUAUAAGCUGGAGGUCUCUAUGAAGAGAAUCAACUGGUCAAAGGUUGAGCCCCAAGAAAUAGCAGAAAACAGCUUUUGGGUAAAAGCUGAAGAAGAUAAAUUUGAAAGCCCAGAAUUAUUUGCAAAAUUGGCAAUCACCUUUGGAACACAGGCUAAAGCUAAAAAGGCAAUAGAAGAAACAGAAGAAAAGAAAGUAGCUCAGUCGAAGAAAAAGAUUAAAGAAUUAAGAGUUUUGGAUGGAAAAUCUGCACAAAACUUAUCAAUAUUUUUGGGUUCUUUCCGUUUGCCUUAUGAAGAAAUAAAAAAUAUAAUUUUAGAGGUUGAUGAAGAGAAGCUGAGUGAAUCCUUGAUUCAGAACCUAGUGAAGAAUCUUCCUGAGCAGAAAGAACUUAAUGCCUUAGCUGAAUUGAAGGAUGAAUAUAAUGAUCUUGCUGAGUCAGAACAAUUUGGAGUUGUGAUGAGUUCAGUGAAAAUGUUGCGGUCACGUCUCAAUGGGAUCCUUUUCAGGCUUAUGUUUGAAGAACACGUAAACAAUAUCAAACCUGACAUUAUGGCGGUUACAAUAGCUUGUGAAGAGCUGAAGAAGAGUGAAAGCUUUAGCAGGCUUUUAGAGUUAGUGUUGUUCCUUGGAAACUACAUGAACUCUGGUUCCAGAAAUGCACAGUCUCUUGGUUUUAACAUCAGUUUUCUUUGCAAGAUUAGAGAUACUAAAUCAACAGAUCAGAAAACAACCUUACUGCAUUUUCUGGCAGAAAUCUGUGAGGAGAAUUACCGGGACAUCUUAAAAUUCCCAGAUGAACUGCAGCAUGUUGAGAGUGCAAGUAAAGUUUCAGCCCAGACUCUGAAGAGCAACCUUGAUUCAAUGAACCAUCAAAUCCAGCGCUUAGAGAAUGACAUUGAGAAUUUCCCUAAAACACAAGAUGAACAUGAUAAGUUUGUAGAAAAGAUGAGCAGCUUCGCUGAGAGUGCGCGAGAACAGUAUGAAAAACUGUCCAACAUGCACAACAACAUGACUAAAUUGUAUGAAAAUUUGGGAGAAUACUUUAGCUUUGAUCCCAAAGCAGUAAGCAUAGAAGAAUUCUUUGGCGAUCUGAGCAACUUCAGAACUCUGUUUUUGGAGGCUGUAAAAGAAAACAACAAAAGAAGAGAAAUGGAAGAAAAAAUGAAAAGAGCCAAACUGGCAAAAGAAAAGGCUGAACGAGAGAAAUUGGAGAGACAGAAGAAGAAACAGCAGUUGAUUGAUAUGAACAAAGAGGGUGAUGAGACAGGAGUGAUGGAUAGCCUGCUUGAGGCCUUGCAGUCAGGAGCAGCAUUCAGAGAUCGCAGGAAACGAACACCAAGGGGACACGCUCCUUGAGGUGUCAUCUGGCCCAUGUAGUCAGGAGUUAGCCAACCCAAGAAGAUAAUCACAGCAUGAAAAGAGUAGUCUGGAAGUUUGAUGUGUCUUGGAAUUUUCCAUGUUCCCAAACAUCUCCUAUGCCCUGCGGUUUCUUUAGAGUCUGUGUUGAAGAACAGAAAGACUAAUGUAAGCUCUAAUAUUCAUGUCUUCUGUUUCAAAGAUGCUCAUGUAGCCUGGAAAGACUUUAACAUCACUGCGUAAAGUACGAAACUUUAACCCGAGUUGGUCAGUUUUGUCCUCUUUGAUGUAUACUGGAAAAAUUAUCCUCAUGCUGCCAGAAUAUUAAUACGUUUCAGAAAAGAAAAUGCAGCAAGAGGAUUCUUACACUAACACUAAAGCAUCAACUGAAGAGAGAAAGUUCUGCAAAAUAUCGAUACUAAGGCAAUAUUACUCUGAGAAUUACAUAUAUAGAAGUGCAUAAAACCUGUAAAUGUAUCUGUGGAUUUUAACUGUACACUUUUUAAUUGACUUAUUAAAAUAGGGUGGCCGUGACUUCUGACUACUAAGGACUUUUAAGAAUUUACUUGCAAAUGACCUAUUAAGGAAAAUCGGUAGGAUACCUUUGGAAAAUAUUGUUGGAACAGUUUGUAUUCUCUAGGAAAAAAAAAAUCUACAAAAUUGUAUGGCUUUGGACUGCCAGAAUUUGAACAUGACACAGCUUAUUUUAACUGAAUUGAGGAGUUUUUCUUGAAAUGUGAUUUUUCAAGAUUUAAGGAGGAAUAUUGUAGAAUAUAUAACAAAAUUGGAAUUCGAAACAACACUUGGAUUUCUUAAGAAGGCAACUAUAGAACAUUUUUAGACAAGUCUUUUGAAUUUAGACCACAAUACAUUGCCACAUUCUCGCAUGUAACUUUAUUGGUGUUUUAAGAAGUGCCAUAAAUCCAGAUGCAUUUUGGGUAAAAGGUUGUGUUCACCUUUAAAAUUUUGUUUUAUGCUUCAGUAUUUUUUAAUUCUAUUUAUAAAAUACAAAGAUGUAUUUCUGCCUAAAACAUCAGACUUCUGCUUGUAACUUAAUAGUUCAAUCUCAAUAAAAACAAUCUGAAAACAGGGAAGGAAUUAAAAAAAAAAAUACAAAAAAAAUACAGCUCCAGCAACUAACAGGUGGCAUUUAAUACAUAAACCAGUAACACUGUUCAAAUUUAGUCACUAUUGUCUCUGGUUUUGUAAUCAAAUAAAUGAGUUCAGGAUUUCAGCUGCAUCUAAACAUUCAUACAAAUUUAAAACAAUUAACAGUUUAUGAUCUGCAAGCAAUCUGAACUGACGUUCUGUUGCAUUUUUUUUAGCUUUUUUUUUUCUCCAAAUCAAAUUAACAGCUGGUGUUCUGUAAAGAUUGCAUCUUUUGAAAUUGAAAUACUGAGAGCACUCUGGUAUAUUUUUCUGAAAAUGAGCUCACAGAUUUGGUAAUUGUAUUGAUGUAGAUUUUGAAGAGAUGUGAUCUUGAGUGAUAAUAAACAGUAGAACUAGGUACUUGAAAGACAAGUAAUUGUUGUCAAGCAAAACAUCAUUAUCUGUUGAAGAUAAGCGUGUGCAUGUAAAUUAUGAUACUUUGCACUGGAGUGACCCUUAUGCUCUUAACCGUGCUUCACUUAAGUGUUGUUCGUGGUAUUAGAAGAGAGAAAGUUGUACUUAUCUUGAAAAGAUUGUGUUUUUCUCUGAAAUGCAGAGGAGAGAACUGGAGACUGCAUAUUCUUUCUCUUUUCUGUACUUUUAAAAAGAAACAAAUACUGUUCUAUUAAUCUAUGAAGAACAGAUGUGAAACUCUUUAAAUUGAACAAAUAUUCUUCCAUAAAUUUUUUUUUGCUUCAAGUGCAGUCUUAGAGCUUUGUCUGCAUAGCCAGAAAACAGCUGCACUUCUACUGUAUUGUAUUUUCUGUUCUUCUUUGAGUGCCUGUUUAACAAGUCAGUAAGAAGGAAAGAAGAGUUAGAGAAGUCCAAGGCAGAGUUUCAACAGCUACUGUUCUAUAGUUACAAAGCACAGAAAAUUUGUUUCUUUUGUAGCAUUUCUUGCAUUUGUUAUGUAUACCCUAUUGCAACAAGAAUAUUUUCAUGACAUUGUGAACUGAAAGAUUAAUUUGGUUCUGUUUCAAAAAUUGUUUUAUUUAUUUUUCCAAAGUUUUCUGCAUUUUGGAUUUUUCAUUUUACCAGAUUUCUCUUGUAGACUUGAAUAUCCUUAUGAUGAUAUUUUCUUUGAGCGGAAUUCCUGUUCCCAAAUAUUUUUUUCACUGAUAUAGUGCUUGAUGUAAAAUGCAAAAAGAAAAAAAAAUGCAGGAAAAUAAGAUGUAUACAAGGACUUUGAUUUCUGCUUUCCAGUCUAGUGGAAACUUUUUUGUGUGUGUGUGUCUGUACCUUUUUAUUGUUAGCUAUCUUUUUUUGAAUAUAGUGUUUUAUAGCUUUGAUCUCGAACAAUUAGGAUUAAAAGGCUGCAUUUGUGUUUUUUUGGUUUGUUUUUUUUAGUUCAAAUUUUUAACAAUAAAUCUCUGAUAUAAUAGCUUGUUUACCAUCGGUAUUUGAAGUUAAGAUUAUGUAGUAUAGGCUUUUGGUUUAGCCUUUUGAAAAUUAUUUGAUACAAAUUCACUGUACUGAUGGGCUAAUCAGUUAAAGUUCACUGAGUUUAGCUAAACAGUGUGUGUUUGAUUUAGAGAAGUCUGUGGUAUGUCAACCUUUUCAGACAUAAUCCUACUUUCAACAUUAUCUGACAGGUAGUCGGCCCAUCAGGCCUGAGGAUGUUCUCCAAAGCAGAUCAUUUCUUCACUCUUGACUAGUUAUUUAUCUUAUUGAGGCAGAAUUCACAACCGGCAUAUGGAAACUAAGAAGGAACAAAGAAGGGUGUUCCAAGCCUUCCUUUUCUUCUUUCAUACACUAUGAAAUGUUUUGUAGAUGUGGCUGCAACUCACAUAUGUGUUUUUGCAAUUUUGUUUUCAUGGCAAAAUAUAUCCAUAAUGUAAAAUAAAUCUUAUAUUAUAAAAUAUAUAUCUUAUAUCUUAUAUCUUAUAAAAUAAAAGAAUCCCAAAACGUCUUCAGAAAAGGUGUUCACACUUUUUUUAGCUAAAUCCAUAUUUUGAUUCAGUUUGUAAUCUAAAGUUAUCUGUAUCUUUUUUUAAAGGAAAAUGAAUGAUGAGUUGUUUCUAAAUCUCUCUUGUUGCUACAGGCAAUCAGAAUAACUUUAGAUCAAUCAUUUACUAAAGACAUUCUCUGUCAGUUGGUAGAUGCAAGUCAUUGAAACCAUGAUAUGCAUUCUUCCAUUCAUGUGCUCACUUCAGUGAAAGCAGCUUUCUUGAGGGACCAUUUAAGUACCCAGCAGCAACCCUUUUUUCACAAAGUUACUGAAGUACUUUGAUCCAGAAUAAACUUGCCCGGUAGCCACAGAAAGAAAAAUAGAUGUUUAAAAAAAAUGAUAAAAUAAGAUCCACAGAUAUCAAAUAGUUGUCUCUUGUUUAACUACACAGUGCUUCCUUAAGAUUAAUUGUAGAAAUUUUAAUAUUUUAACAAAAAAGAAAUUGGAAGGGGCAUACGGAGAGGACCACUGUUUGAAGGGAAAAAAUGGGCUUGUCUAAAUUCAGGUUUACAAUGAAAAUUAAUUUUAAGCAAGUGAAUAACCAGUCUGAAUUAACAUAUCUAGAUUUAAAGCUUAUCCUUUAUUUAAUGGUUUUAUAGGCACAGAAAAACUGUAGUACAGAGCUCCAAAAUUGAACAUACCUCUUUGUUGCCUACAAACAUUUUAAUCCAUGCUUGCCUUUACUGUGCACUUGAAGUCAGUCUUUUCAUAGUGCAUGUACUGUUGCCUGUCAUCUGUUCCUGUCAUCAUGGCCAGUCCUUCACCCCAUACAGAAAAGCUUGCAAUCACAUUCUCCAUGUUUUUACCUUUCCUGGACUAAGCAAAAGCGAUGGAAGCCUAUCUACAGAAACUCGUCUCACAAUCGCAUACCGUUUUAUACCAGAAACUUGAAAGGUAUUAAAAUGUAUAAUUUUAUGCACACUUUGGAAAACUCUCCAAAAUGGUAGUUUUCUAGUAUCUGUAGAGUAUACAAGUAAGUGGUACAGUAGACCUCACCAUUCUUUUUUAACCCCAGUUUCUGUAAGGAGAAUGUUAAACUAUAUUAUAGACCGCUAUGUAUAUAUGUACUGGAGAGACUGCUAUGGCAGGUAGUCAUCUUCAGAUGAAGUUUUCUCUUAGUUAUCUAUUAUGUUAAGCCUGCUCUUAGGUGUUGUCUUUGAAGUGAUGUGUUUAGAUAUAAGAAUAACGGAUUCUAUAAGGUUUUGAUAUAAGAAUAAUGGAUAGUCUAAUUCCAAGUUCAGAACUAAUCUUCUCAAUCAGUUUGGUUUGAAUAUGAUGAGGGGUUGUACAGUUUCAUGUUAGCGUGCAGGUAUGCAGUCUUUAUCACUCAUUCUAUGUGAAAAAGUUCAAUGUGUAAUAAGUAAUAUGACUGAAAACUGCUAAGGUUUUUUAUAUGUUUUUUAAUAGUAAUCACUUCAUAGUAAUUUUAGUCCACCUGUUGGGGAGUCUGCUUGACAGAAUUGCAGUAUUUUGGUCUUUCAUGUAGUCAUAUUUCCAGAUGAAUGAAAUAGUGUAAGACCAGUUUGCUUGCAGUCUCAUGUCUUUUUUAAGUAUAGCCUUUUAAAGGUCAAGGUAAUGGCAUGUAUGCAAAAAAAAUCAUUAUAAAUGGAAUUGUCUGUUUUGAAAUUGGGUAUAGUUUGGUUUACAUAAAAAUUAAAUACCACACAGGAAAAAAAAAAAUGCCUUCCUAAGUCCUACAGUAGCAAAAGCAUCUAAAAUCAGGGUUCAACUGUGACAUCAUUAAGAGUUCUGGUGUUCGUCAGAAGGUUCUAGGAAGCUUUCCUAGUGUUUGUCCAUAUGAUGGCCAUUUGGUCCAUAUGUCUAUGGAUAGAUGCCACUAGGUGGUACUGUUAAACCUCCCUUUUUAAGAAGAUUAAAGCAAAUUUACAAUCCAAGAGUGUUUCAAAAGGACCUAAGUUAAGAUUUUUUUUUUUCCUGUGACUGCAGAAAUAAAUUACUACCUGCUUGGUUGAAAUUGUUUUCACUAGAAUAGGCAAUAUAGUCUUUCCCAUAUUGCCACCCAGUUUAUAUAUACUGGCAAUAAAGCAAACUUGCAGGUGAAUUCACUCCAAAGUUUUCUGAAUGUGUCCCAGCUGCUAUCUAAAAUCCACUUUCAUAGUAUGUAAUCAGUUCCCAAAAAAAUAAUUUAAGCUUUUAAUAUAAAGUGCAGUUCUUGCAUGUUUUUGAACCAGUAGUGUCAAUGAAGAAAAGCACAAAAAUAGUUUAAUCACUUAUUAUAUUUCAUAGUUUAAUUCCUUUCUUAACAAAAUAAUAUAUGAGUCUUCAUUGGAGAAUAUGACUGAUGAUAAAUAAGGGUAGGACCUCUUUUUUUUCUAAUUUACUGUCUACUUAAAUUGUCUUGUACUUUAGGUCUUAUAUGUGGAUGCUUCUAUACAGUAAUUUAUCUUUUAGUACUGUCAAAAGGCCAUACUAAUUCUAGCUGAAAAAAAAUGAAACAUAUUACUGUAAAUGAAGAUCUGAUGUUAACUGGUGGAACAGCAGUGCUAAACAAUUGAACCUUGUAAUUGUGAAACGUCUAGGAUUCUUUUUAAUGGAAACAGGUAAAGUUUGUUAUGGUGCUUUUUUUUUUUUUUUUUGACAGGAACAAUUGUAGUAAGAGGGUAGCAGAAAAAGAGAACUUCUAUAUUGAUAAUGGCCUAUCCCGUAUUUUUUCUUCUUUUCGUUUUUGACUUGGCAAAGGUGAAGCUUUUCAUUUCAAGAUCUACACAGUGUAGUUGCAGACAGCAGGGGGAAGAGUUUGGUCAAAUUGCCACUAUAACAAACAUCUGUACAACAAAACGAAAAAAUUUACAUUACCAAUGACAAAUCAAAGCUGAAAGUUUGCUUUGCCCGUUGUCAUUCAUUGCCAUUCAUAUUUAGAAAGCAGACUGCUGUGAUAAUUGAUUUGAUGGUCCAGCUUGAGUGGAAGCACUUCUGGGCAUAGCAGGCCUCAGAGAUGCCAAAAAAGAAGAAAAGGUGGGAAUGAAAUAAUGCACUACUUUCUCCUCAGAGGCGUGUGGCCCAGUUUUUGAGAAGAGAAAAACAUGCUUUAGAAAAAGGGGGAGAAAAACAACUUAGUAACCCAAUAAUACAUACAAAAAUGACCAGCAGAGAAAGCAGAGACAAUGAGUGUACAUAUUUUACUGGCAGGUGAAUAAUAGGCGAAUGGUGUGGAAGUAAUUUGAUUUUUAACGGACUCUGUCCAUGGGAGUACAUUUUUUUGUUGUUGCUUUUUUUGUGUAAGGACAAAAGAGGUUCCCCUCCAAAUAAUAAAUAAUUAAAAAAAUUUUUUUGAAGGUUUUUAAAGAGGGAUUGAUGGUUUGGAGGAAGGAAAAGCAAGCAAUUACUGAAUUCAAAGGGCAAUAUAUAUGUGCUUGGAUUAUCUGAACUAUUGAGUUUGUUUACUUCAAGCAAUAGGUGAUAAUGAAGCUUGUCUCUGUAUUUUUGACUGGGGGGUGGUGUUCACCCAUAGCCUCCUGCUGAUAUGUAUAACUUAAGACACUAAAGUAAUAGUUGUGGAAAGAAGUAGAUUAAAAAAAAAACAAACUACUGAAUUCAGUGUUUGACCUCUUAAUCACAACUGCUAGCUCAACUGUGCACCCUGUCAUCGAUUUAAAGAACCAAACAAAACCAGAUUAAAGAUGUGAGUUGUUGAAAUAGAAAAUUAUAACCAGAACUGGUUUGUCUUUUGAGUAAUGCUUGAAAAAAUAAGUGUGGUGUGUCAACUUUGCUGAACUCUUUGUAUAUUAAAAAAUUAAGACUGUGAAUACAGCAAAGAAGGAAAUAAAAUUUAACAGUAAAGACUGAAAAAAAAAAAAGGGGGGGGGUGGGGGGAAAUCUUCAUGAAGUAGAUAGCAGGAGGUUGCAAAUAUGCUGUUCCAGUGCAUACAUAAAUAUUGCUACCUCUAAUUCUCAGUUUUUGGAAGUACCUUGACUGUCUUAAUAAGAUAAUAGUUGAUGUAAGCAUGCAAAAUAUUAUAGACAUAUAAAGGAAAAUUCUAUAAACGGCACAAUAAUUUAUUAGGAGAGAAUUUUAAUUUUUUUAAUUUAUUAUGAGUUCAAGUGUUUUUUUAUUAUUUUGUUGUUGUUGUUUGUGUAUGUAUUAGAAGCAAAAGCUCAGAGUUUGAUAAGCAUCCAAAGUGUGAUAACACGUAUGUCAGUAUCCCUCUGAAUUUUUGUCUUUCUAUUAAUCUGUAGAAUUUCUUUAAGUGUAAAAACACUCUGUUAAAUUUAUGGGUUGGAAACUUAGGCAUCACUUGUGCCAUAAAACCUGCUGCUUUUAGAUCCUUUCUUGCUGUUCAAGCAGAGAUAAGAAAAUGAAACAAAUGCAUCAGAAACUGUCGCUUCAUGAGGAUUUAAUAAGGAACAGGUUCUUGUUAUUCUUUUCCUUUCUAUGCACAGGCAGAAACUAUCUGAGUUUAGCACAGUAUUAAAUGGCCUGUAUGUCUAAUAGUCUUCAAAAUUAGUCACUUUAAUAUAACUUACAUAUGAUUUCCACUCCCCCCCCUUAGUGCAAGGAAAUGAAAAUAUUUAUGAAGGUGAUAUCUGACUCUUAAAAGAAGUCAUCGAUGUACACGUGUAAGAAUUUAUUUCUAGGACCUCUGAUGCUUUUCGGCUACAGCGGGGUAUCAACUUGCAAUACCUAACUCAGUGCCAAAUUCAUUACGUCUUAUCCUCAGUCAUUCUUUUUUACUUUUUGUGGACUUAUACUCCCCUUUACAUGUUUUCCUUUUUCUUUCUUGGUUGUUGCGUGUUUUCUGGCAAAGAAGAAAAGGCUGUAGCUCAAGCAAGCGUAUUCCUUUAUCUCUCUUCAACCUGUCUUGUGAACAUCUGUAGUUGUUUUUGCUUGACUGAAGAGGGAUGAUGAUGAAAGAAUUAAGCUUUUGCGAGGCAGUGUACUUCAGCAGGAUCCAAGGGUAUGUAAUCCUGUUGGCGUCAGUACGCAAAUGAACCAUUACUUGUGAUCACUCUGAAAUGCUGGCUGUGUCAUUUUUAUAUGACACAUUUUAAUAAAUUUUUAUUUCUGCAAGAAAACAUCAUUGUAGAAGAAAUCUGGUGUACUUAUUCUAUUUUUUUGUUUAUUUAUCAUAGUAUAGCUCUAAUUUUAAGGGUUGCACAUUUUUGAAGUCUGUUUCUAAAGCCUUACUCUACUACUAUGCCCGUCAUGGAGAUGCGUUACAUUUGUCUGUGUCAUCUAGUUGAUAGCUAGCAGAGGCUUUCACUGCUCUGUAGGAAGAUGUAUGAUUUCAAGCAUGAUAUUUCUUCUGUCUCUGUAAGAAUUUUCAGAAAGUUUUUUUCAAAACUGAGUGAGAAAAAGAUGCCAGUGGCAGUGGUAUCUUCCUAUUAAAACAGUUUUAGUGUCUGAUUCUGCUGCGAUUGAAGUCAGUCAUUAAACUAGUUUCCCUGCAAUUGUUUCAGGUUACAAGAAACCAUUACAUAUGUGUUUGAAUUUUUAUGACAGGCAUAUAGUGUUAUCAUUUGUAUCGUAUUGCUAGAAAUCAUAUGGCCAUUCAUAAGUAUGGUCUGGUUUUAGUGGAGCAUACAUACUUCCCAGAAUUUUCUUUUGACAAAAAAAAUUAACAGAAACUUAUUAAAAGGUAUAAAUGUGUUUUGAAGCAUAUUUGUGCAAAUGUAUUUUGCACACAAAUUCUGUUUUAACCACUGCGAUGUGGUUGUUAUGGGUUGACAAGGAUCACAUUUUCACUAAUAGCCUAGACAAAAAUUAAUGGUCUGAAAUAACUAUAUGUUUCAGCAAUAAAACCAUUGUAGUCCACUAUUUCAAGAUUUCUAGGGAAGCUGGGUAAGCAAUCAGCUACUUAGUGACUAGAAUGCUAUGCCAUUUUUUCCCAAAAGAUACAGUUGUCCUUUCUGAAGACUUGGAAAACACUUCAGAAUUGUGAUAUUAGUCCAAAUCUCCCUUUUUACCUGUCAUGCUAAAGAAAUGUAAAGAGAAUAUUCCUAAUUUUUUUGUGGGAAGAAUGAUAAUAUUUUUCACAUAAUGUCUAGUUUUUGGCAGUUGUUAAAAUUUGCUUUGAGACUUGAUGAAGUAAAUUCAUAGUAUAGAUUAACUACUGCAUCCAUAACUAUGUGAUUACCUAGGGAUAAAAUUUAUUUUUUGUUAAAUAUCCAUAUAACUCAAUAUUAUGAAUCUCUCUUCACUGGGAGUGUGUGUUUAAUUCCUAGGAAUAAUUUCUUUUUCUUAAAAUCUGAAAGUCUUUAGGUAUAUAUUUUUCAGUAUAUCACCAUGCUGUCAAAAGGUAGUACGAAACUAUUUGCCUGAGUGUUAUUUAAUUUUGGUGGAUUUUAUCAAUAAUUUUUUGUAAUUCUACAAGUACACACCCUGUUUUCAAACCAUUCAUUCCAAGGAGUAAAGAAAAAUGUAACUUAAUUAUUUGAAGUGAUCAUAGAGUAUUUUUUGGAGAAAGAAUUGUGUGUUAACAGUAAGCAAAAGAAUAUUUAAUAUAGAAAAAUGCUCUAUAUAGUAAGUUUUUUUAUGGUAUUCAGCUUCACUUUUAAAGACCGUAUAUAAUAGAAUGGUAGCAAAUAACUACUUCCAAUUUCUGUGUUCUCAUGAAGAUAAAUGUCCAGUUUAGAUUAAUACCAACAUAGACUGUAACCAAAAGUUGUAUCAUUUCUGUUUAUUUGAAGGUAUUGCUCUUGCAUUUAUCUUUACAGAAGACUUCCAUAACAAGUCUUAGUGGAGGUUAAUGCUGAUGCUGCAUGGCAGGUGGCAUGUGCAGGUAGCUGGAAAUUAUGUGGUAAGAGAGGUGGGACUGGUGAGAAUUGGAGAGCUCUGUUUUAGUUAAGAGAAAGGCAUACAGCCAGCUAGGAGGUGAUGACAUGAAGCAUAUUCAGCUGGUGAGGAGAGUUGCCUGAAUUAACGUAGCUGGAUCGUUUGUACAUCAGUGAGUUGAUGUGGAUCUGAACCCAUUUUAUGUUACUCCAAAAUGUGAGAGUACUUUUUUGUACUUGUGGGGGAAGUAUUUACUUACGUUACUUUUUUUUUUUUUGAGACAUUUGUGGCAAAUAAUUUUAUUUCCUGAGCGUACAGAACAUUGCCAGUUCAGUAGAGCUGCAACUAGGAAAGUGCUUCCUGCCGAACAUGCUGUAGAAGAUAUAAGCAGAUGUUGAUUAAAAUAUAGUUUGUCAUCUACUUUUAGAUACAAGAUUUUUACUGUAAAUUCCAUGUGUGCUGUUGUAUUAAUAAUGCUUUCUGGGACAGUGGUUUGUAGGCAAUUCUAAUAAUUUUCAUUCUGAGUAUUUUGAAUUGGUCAGUAUCACCAUCCUUCUCUAAUUGCAUGUACCUACCUGUCAGUCAUAUCUAGUAAGCCCAUCACCUGCACAUGGGUUAGGAUCAGAGAAAAUCCAGGAAAUGGGGCCCAUGCUCAGCAUCCUGGCUGGAGAGCAGUGGCUGUAAAUGGAAGACUGUAGAAACUGUUACAUCACUUAUAGUUUCUGUGCAUAUAUAUGUUCAUGCAAACUCUGUCAUCUGAAGGAAGGCUUGCACACUGGAAAAAGUAAUCGAGAGACCUUUUCACAGCUAAGUAUAUUUCCACAGAGCUACUCUCACUAACCCUGUUGCUUACUUUAUUCAUACAGCAGUGGUGGUUGGAACUGCACAGAUAAAAUUCUACUCAUCCAUUGAAGUACUAUUCUGACUAUCUUCCACUAAAUGUUAAUACAGAAAGGGAGGAGAGAACUGCAUUGGUAGUAUUUUGUCAUCUGAUGCAUGUGUUCAUAGAAUCAAACAAAAGUCUACUCUGGAAGGUCAUCUGACCCACCCAUCUGUUGAAAGAAGGGCCUUAGAUUAGGGACUAUUUCCUUGUCAAGCUAUGUCUUAAGUAUUUCUAAUGACAAAAAAAAAAAAAACAGUUUCCACUGUUUGUCUGGGGAGCCUAUUAUAUUUAAUUGUUCUGUCAAUGGAGUUGGGUUGGUUUUUUCCUUACGUAAAGGGAUCACAGUGAAUGAAGUUGUGCCUGUUGUCCUGCCAUCAUACACCCAUGUGAGUGUAGUGCCAUGAUCUUCUCUGUAACUAUCAUUUAGGUUUUCAAGUAAUAUCUGUGUUAAGUAAAACCUACUCUGAUGGCUAGCUGUCAUAACAUUUCAGAAAAGAGUUAAGUCUUCUAUAAGUGGUUAAACGUGAUUUCCAUGCUGUCACAUCAUUUUUAAUAGUCGCAUGGAAUUGCUUAAUCAUAAAAACAACCUGUCCAAAGCUCUUCUCAAAGCAAAGGGGAGAUCAGCACAAAAGCACCUUAUUUAGAAAGGAAGAAAGCUAUGGGAAGGUGACAUCUGGAAUCCUAGUGCUUAAUCUGUGUAAUUAAAACUUUUCUAAGGAGCAGGAGAAGCAGGUUCUACUUGAGGUAGUUUUAGGAGUUAAUUAGCAAGAUCUUUUUGAAUAUUAAGAAUGCCUUUGAUGGACAAAGUUUUGGAAACUAGUUUAGGACUUUGAAACAGCAUAAAUUAAGGCAGAAACUUUUUUUAUACAUCCUCAAGAUGCAGACGGAAUCAUUCUCCCUAACCAUGCCAUUUCCUUCCUUCAUAGAUAAAAUCAUAUGCCCUUCUCAAUGUCUUAUGAGGAUUCAUUAACUUAAAGUACAGUAGUAAGUUAACUGGAAAUAAUAUUUUACAGGUUAUUGUUACACAUCCACAAUUAUUGCAAAUAUUACAGUCAGUAACUCAAGUCAAACUGAAUCUCUUCACGGUCUGGAUACUGUAAUAUAUUACCAAUAUUAAAGACAGCAACCUACAUGUUUUGGGAUACAAGGUAGUCACUUGCAAGAUGUUAUCUAAAAUCCAAUAACAAUAAUACAAUUUUGAUGUCCUUCAUAUCUUCUUUUAAAAGAAGUUCUGCAUUUUUAAAAGUGAAUGUAAGUGAAAAUAAUGUCCUUGAUUUCCUUCACAUCAAUCUGAUAGGCUUUUGUAAGUGUUUACCAAGAAAGGUGAUGUCAACUACACUGAAAAUUUGGCCGUGUCUCUUAAAAGAUAGGGAGAGUAUGGGUUUGUUUUCUCCAUGCUUAUGCGCAUGUGUGCUUUGUUUUGUGAAUGCUCUUGCUUUCACAAAAGUAGUAUAGGUCUGUGUUUGUGCUUAUGUACAUGGGCAAAAUUUAGAAAGCAUUUAGAAGGUGUAUUUUACUUUCACUCAUUUUGUUACUAGUUUUGACGUAUAUCAAUGCUUAGAGUUUCUCAUUUGUGAGCUGUUUCAAAACAGCUAUCAUAGCAGCAGAGUCCAUCUUCAUGUAAAAUUGAAUUCAUAAUUUAUAUAAUUACCUGUGAAUUUGGGAAGAAAACCAACCUAAUAAUAACCCAUCAACAAUAAAUAUCACAAAGGAAGACAUAUUCAAGACUUUGUAUUGUAUUAAUGUUCUUGUAGGAUCCCUAGGCAUUCUCUGUUUAGAGAAUUGUAUAUUGCAAACUACAGAAGAACUGCAUUUCUUUGACCUAUGGAGUGUAUCAUUUAGUUAAAUUCUACUUAUAUCCUUUACAAUCAGUCUUAGAGAAGAAUGGACAAAGUAUGAGGAAGUAGUAAAGUUUUCUAGGUAGUGAGUAAUGCUAAUAGCAUGUUAUAUCUAAAAUGUUAUGGCCUGUUUAUUUUCAGAAAACAUAAUGUGUUCCUAUGAAAAACCAGGCAGAUUACCAAAGUUUGAAAUCAUCAAACAAUUUUUUUUAUUUUUUUAUUUUUUUUAACAAACCUUGUGAUCAGGAAUCCUGAUGGACAUUGGUUUUUGUAGAUUUGGGUAUUGCCCUAAACGCCACAAAUGAAUAUUGAAAAUUUCACUCUGUGUAUAUGUAUUGAAGGUGUUUCCAAGUUGUAACAUUUUAUAGGACUCAGUUGUUUGUGUCACUAAGCUUCUUUACAAGUCAUUAUGUAAGUAAAUUGUAAUAGAAAAUAUUUGGCAAUUAUUGAGCAUUUCAUUUUCCAAACUUAGUUUCAAAACAAGUCAACAAACUUCUAAACCUAUUAGAAGAAGAGUCAGAAAACCCAACCAUCAUGGCAGCACUGGUGAAGGUAAAAGUCAGUAUAGUAUAUUUUAGCUCUGAUUGUUGGUGAAUUAUUUAGAAAUAAUAGCAAUGAUUCCCUCAUAAAUCAGUACUUACUUUCUUAUUCUUUAAAAACACGUUCUAGAAACUAGAAAUUUAUGAACAGAACUGUCUAGAAGUAAAAUGUUCUGCUUCUAAGAGUUUGAGCCUCUAUGAAUCCUGGUUAGAGGACAAAAACAAAUAACAGGAAAACCCCACUCAGCAGUUUAUUGUAACUGUGUUCUAAUGGUAGUAUUAAAUAUUCCCCUUAUCCUCGACUGAUUUUUACAGAUAAAUAUGAAAUGUUGCUAUUAAAAGCAUAAAUUACACUUCUGAUCUCAGGUGUACUCAAACAUCAAGGUCCAAGGAUGAGAAUUUAUUAACCAUGAGAACUGCAUUUCCAACCCUAUCUAACACUACAUCUAUGCAAAAUAUAUUUAUCAAUUAAAAUUGUGUUCAGCCUGUAAUGAAGGCUGUUGUGGUUUCUAAUUGACAUGUAUUUAUUUAAAAAAAAUAGUGGUAAACAUUUAUUCUUCUGUUCAGAUUAUUCUGAAUUUUAUGACAAUCCAAAAAAAAAAACAAAACAACAAAACCACUAAUAUUCUGGAGCAAAUGGCAUGUUUUAUUAUUACACCUCAGUUCCAUUUUUUAGGAUUUUUCAAUGCCUUUUCUUAUAUUUACCUUGAAAUCAAGGAGAUUAGAGGGUGAGGAUGACGAUCCUUGUCAUGUUUGUCAGUAUGCCCUUGCCCUGAUUCUAGCAGUUUUCAGAAGGAAUUGUGAAGAAAUUCUUCAUGUAAUGUUAUACAUAGGAGUACUUCAGACAGUAUUUGGAUAUAGCAGACAAAUCUGUGAGUAAAAUGCUCCAUAAGCAAGAAUAAUAUAUUUAAGAACACAUUUUAGACAACCUGUGGUGCAAAUUGUGUGAAAGAGAAAAACACUUCCACAGUGAAUGUCAAAACAUUUUAUCAUUUGAAAAAUACGGUGUCUUUUUAUCAUUCACUUCAUCUUGAUGUUAUAUAUUGGAAUAUGUAGGUUUUUAAAGUAACUUUUGCUGUACAGAAAUUGAGACUGAAAAUAUAUGUGUACAUAUGUAAAUGUGUGUAUGUCUACAUAGACAUAAAUAUAUAUACACAUAUAUAAGAAUUCUGUGCUGGCACAAGUCUUUAACUAAACCCCUUAGAAGGAGAAUAUAAGAGUAAUGAAAUGUCAUUUUUUACAGCAUGAGGAAAAACGCAUGCUUUUAAAUAAAAUGCUUUUACCAUCAUGAAGAUUAAGUUUUGUUCUGUUUCAUAAUUUUCAGUUAAUUACUGACCUUUCUUGAAUAAUGUGCACAUUUUUUUUAAGGAUGGCAGAGCAUUUUAAACUUCAAUUCACCUUCAGUUCCUUUAUUGACAACACAAUGGAUACAAGAGUUCACAAUCAGUAUUUGCCCAUGGAAUGGACUUUUCUCAGCAGGAAGCCCUCUUUUUUACUAAAUAUUUUCCAUCAGCAGAUGUGGUCUAAAAUGUUUUAAUGUUUGAUAUUAUCCAAUAUUUUGUGUCAAAUUUUUACUGACAUGCAUAUUAAAUACUAAUAGACAGUAAAAUAUUGAAAACAAACAUGAACAACAGCAAGAACAAUAAAAAACAGAUAAAGUUUUCUGUAAAGUUUCUACCAGACUGUAAUAUAAUGUCAGCUUCCAUGGCGCUAUAUCUUGGAAUUAGACAACUCAAGCUUGAUGACAAUAUAUUUUGUAUAUAUUGGUAUGUAUUAGUUUCUUUCUAGAACCAAUAUUUUUCAAAGAAAUUUUUCUUAUUGUGAUCCAGUUUAUUCCAAGAAAACUGUAGACCUGUGUAAAUAUUUCUGAGGUGCAAAUAAGCCAUGUAACCUUGCACUUUAGCCACCCUGGCCAACUACAGCUCUGCUACUUUAAAUUGAGAACUAGUAUCGGGUUUGGGAGAAGCUACCCAAUACCUGCUUUGAGAUGUUAGUCUUCACAGAUACUUUUAAUUACUGUUAAUAGUCUAUCUGGUGUUUGCAGUUGCAUAUUCUAUGUAUCUGAAACAAGUUGUUUUUAAAGACAAUGUUGAUUUUAAAAGUAUAACCUGAAAAUUAAUAAGUUGAAAUACAUUAGUGAACUUUUUCAUGCAUCUUCUACUGUAGUCAGAGAUAGUCUGAUUCUUUAAAGAAUUGUUUUAAAGUAAAAACGGAUUAUGAACAUAAAAUGUGUAUUAGUUAUGAAAUACAAUAAGUGUUUAAGGCUUUUGGGAGGAGAGGCAAACAAGCAAUAUGAGUAUGAUGAGAGACACCCCUGGUGUUUUCACUGUUAGAGUGUCUGCAUCCUGCUUUAAGCAGAAAUAUGGUGGUAUAGUCAAGGUGACUUACUAUUGCAAAACCCACAGGCAUUUUGACUUUCCCAUCUCUUCAGUAGAUCAUGUACAAAUGAAAAUAGACAGCGAUGUGCUAUUUAUGGUUUAUAUAACUAAGUAUUUAAAGACAUCCUAAUAAACUUAUCUUGAAAACACUGCUGUGCACAAGGCAUGGUAUCAUGACAGCAUCUCUGCAAAUGUUUCAGAUUGUGUGCUUUCAUGUUGUGAUACCUCAAAUGUUAUACUGACGUUUGCAGCCUUUGCACUGUACGUUAUUCACCAAUAUUUGUGCUAUUCUCACUAAGGACUGUCAGAUAUAAUCUAUCACGAAACAAUCCUUUGAAGUAUACACAGAGACUCCAGCCUUUCUGCAGGGACACAUGUCCUUGAGAAGAUGAUAUUCUGAGUUAAAAAUUAUCUGUGCCCUAGAAAAUUAAAAUUAUCAGGAUACUCCUUAUUUUAGGUCAGAGUAAAGCACAUUACCAAAAUCGAAUAUUUAACUUCAGGUGCAAUGUUAGCAAUUUAAAAAUAGCUGUAUACUUUAGCAUAGCAAAUUUCUUAGGUGGUUUACCACUCAACUGUAGUAAAACCACUUAAAUUAUUCUUAAGAUCUUCAGACAAAAAUGUUCCCAAGGCUUUAAUUGCAUUAAUCAGUCUAUCUACUGAUAACCUUCCAAUCUUCUGAAGAUAAGG